AUGGCAACAGCAAAUGUCGCAGCCGUGAUCAAGGAAUUGAAGAAAAGGCGAUCUUAUGCCAAGGGACAGUUAACUAGGAAGUUGAACAAUUUGUAUGAUUUGAUGUCGGAUCCCAACUACCAUGACAACGUAGAAAGGAUUACUCUAGCGGCCAAGGAAGUAGGUAAUCAUUUUCAAUUCUUUUCGGCAUGCCAUAAUGGGUAUCACCAAAGUUUAGUUAGCCCUCAUGAUAUAGAAUUGUCCCAAGAUUAUUCAGAUGGGGUUGUUCGCGUCAUGUGCCGGUAUCGAGAUGACUUGGCUGGCUGGAUUGAUGGUCAGCUUGGCGGGAGACUGUCGCCGGCAGUAGGUAGUGUUAGUGAAGACAAUGCAGAUGAUGACCAACCUCAGGAGUCUGUUUCAAGCAUUAGCUUGGGUGACGGGUCUUCCAGUCGCGUGUCUGGGUCCAGUAGAAGCUCGACCGCGACGAAGGCUCGUAUGGCGGCGGCUGCUGACAGGGCAGCUAUUGACAUUGAAGCCUCAAUACUAGAAGAGCGCCAGGCCUUAGAAAAGCAAGAGUUCGAGUUGUCCAAAGAGAGGGAAAGGUUGGAAUUGAAAGUAAAGUUAGCAAAAGCACGGGCGAAGGAAGAUGUCUGUUCGUCUAUGAGUGAUAAAGGCUCAGUUGCUUCAAGUAAGCAUUCCAAUAAGAGUUUCGAUAUAAACCGACCAUUGGAAACUUCUAAGUUGAGUCCGUUUACUACUCCCUUUGAAACAAAAGCUACAAGUAGGCCAAACCAAUUAGUGAAGUGUGCUGAGUCAGCCGACCCACGUCAGUCAACCCCAGUAGGUGUUGAAUCAGGACGCAUGCAUGUUGCCGACAUUCCAACAGAGACUGCGAUAAGUGUGCCAGAUGACAGCAGGCCCAAUGUAGCUGCAGAGGUAAACAACGAGGCCAGAGAUGUUUACACGGCUCAGCAGGGUGAGGUCACGGUAUCACAACAAGAUAACUCAGCAUUACCAGAUGCAUUGUUGCAAGUACUUGAUCAAGGGCAGAAGCAGCAGCAGUUGCUAUUAGACACCAUCCAACUACCCAAGGUUGAUCUUAUGACUUUUGAUGGUGAUCCAUCUAAGUACUGUCUCUUCAUUCGGUCCUUUGAGAAUUCGGUUGAUAAACAAACCAUAGAUGACAGUAUCAAGCUAGGUAGGCUGGUAAGGUUUUGUACAGGAAAAGCCAGGCGUGUUAUAGAAAGCUGCUCUGUGAAGGAGCCUACUGUACGAUACCAGCUGGCUAGGAAGCUGUUAAAAGAGAGGUUUGGAAAUGAUUUCGUCGUUUCUCAAACAUGGGUGGACAAAAUUGUCAAUAGAAAACCGGUUAGGGCCUCUGAUCCAGAGGCACUUAGAGAUUUGGCCGACGAUAUGUUGAACUGCGUUGAAACGUUGACAGCUAUGAAAAGGUUGGACAGCUUUAAUGAAACUAGCCUGGUUCAGAUCGUUGAGAAAUUGCCACUUUAUUUACAAAAUAAGUGGAAAGCGGUGGUACGUAAAAUCAGACAGGAAAAUAGAUCGCCUACAAUUCAGGACACUCUGAUAUUUGUCUCCAGAGCAGCAGAGGAGGCUAAUGAUCCAGUAUUUGGUAAGUGCGGCACAGCUUCAAAGGAUACCAGGGAUGAUAGGCAAGCCAAAGGGGCCAAAGAUAAGUCAAAGUCAUUUGGAAAGACGACAUUUGGUACUCAAGUAGGGCCAGAACCCACACAGAGACCUAAGAAGUGUGCAGCAUGUGAUGGUAACCAUUGGCUGCACGCGUGCAACAAGUUCAAGGCCAUGCAGCCGCCAGAUAGACUGGAAUUUGCGAGAAAGGCAAAGCUUUGCACGAACAGUUUCCGUUCAGGAAACUUUGCUAGCAGAUGUUCAAAGCCCAGUUACUGCGACAUAGCUGGAUGUGAGCGGAAGUACAGCAAGCUCUUACAUUUUGAUAAAACCAAACCAACUACCAAUCCUGAUGAAGAGAGAGGACGACCCGUUCCACGAAAUGCUGAUGCACGACCACCGAACAUUGAGAAUCAUUGUUCCUUCAAUGGGGCCGGAGUCACGCGGAGUCGUGUGGCAUUGCCAAUAGUGCCUGUGAAGGUGAGAGGGCGUGGCAGCGUAGGAUACGUCAAGACCUAUGCACUCUUGGACAGCGGGUCAAACAGGACUUUCUGUUCAGAUGACUGGGCCAGUCAGUUGGACCUGUCAGGCAUGAAGAAACAAGUAGAGGUAACAACACUAGAGAAGAAGAACAGUGUGAUGGAAGCAGCUAUAUACCAACUUGAUGUCACAGACCUCGACGAGAAUGAAGUCAUAGAGUUGCCGAGCGUUGUUGCUAGACCAGAUCUGCAUAUCAGCCCGACCAUCAUGACGAGCCAAGACUUAGACAAAUAUUCCCACCUCGAGAAGUUGGAGUUUCCUGUGAUUGAGCCUCGUAAAGUGCAACUGCUGAUUGGCCAAGAUGUUCCUGAAGCUUUAAUGCCAGUGGAUAUCAGAAGAGGCGCAAGGGGUGAGCCUUAUGCAACCAAGACUGCAUUGGGUUGGACACUGAAUGAUCCGAUAGGCGUCGACAGACAUGCAACAUCUAAUUUCAUUGGUUUAACCAGUCAUUGGGUCCAAGCGGACGUUAACCUGCAGAAACAGGUCGAGAAACUUUGGAAAUUAGAGAAUCUCACAGGAGAUGAACAAGGAAUGUCUAUCGAGGACAAAAGGGUAAUCUCGCUUUGGGAUGCUCGCGCUGACAAGGUAAACGGGCAUUAUCAGUUGCCCAUACCAUUCAAGUACUCACCACCUCACAUGUCUAAUAAUUACAGCAUGGCAGUUCAUAGGCUGAACCACUUAGGACGAAAGUUCACCCGUACCCCAGACUUACACCAGAGAUAUAAGGCAGAGAUUGCCACUUUGCUGGGCAAGGGCUAUGCCGAGGAAGUAACAUUAGAAGAGAUGAAUAGAAAGGAUGGCAUGGUCUGGUAUCUCCCGCAUCAUCCCGUGAUUAAUCCCAAAAAGCCAGAAAAACUUAGGAUAGUUUUUGAUUGCGCCGCACAAUGGAAGGGAACUUCAUUGAAUCAGCAGAUACUACAGGGUCCUGACCUCGCUAACAAACUGGUAGGUGUCCUUCUGAGGUUCCGACAAGAGAGGGUUGCAAUGAUGGCUGACGUAGAGGGGAUGUUUAACCAGGUAUUGGUCCAGCCAGACCACCGAGACGUGCUGAGAUUCCUAUGGUGGGAUGACGACGACCCCACCAAAGAGGUGAAGGUGUACCGGAUGAAGAUCACCUGUUUGGCGGGGUCUGGAGCCCCGGCUGUGCCAACUAUGCCUUAA